AUUACGAACUUCAACUUAGAAAAUUGGAAAUUUGUGCAAUGGAGGAUUAUACCCGAUGUUUUCUGUGUCGAAAAAAAUACUCAUCGCCAUAUAAAAGAAUUCACAGUGCUAUGUGCCCCUCUUCAAAGAAGAGUGUGAAAACCGUGCUCCUGCAUUUGGCCAAAUGUGGAAAGUUUCAACUACUCCUUACUAGUGGCGAAUGGCUAUGCAAAUAUUGUUAUAUGCAAAUUGUGGACUACGACACGACAUUAGUGCAACUUACACGCAAACAAAGAUGUCUUGCUAAUUUAGUGGAAAAGGCGGUCACAACAAUUGAUAGCGACAUUGAGGCAGAAUGCGAAGCUGAAAUGUCUUACAUGGAGGAGUUUGCGGAUGACCAAUUCUUCGAUGACGCCAACAUCAGUGACCGUGAAAUUGCUGAAACAAUAUUUGAAGUAAUUGGGAGCAGAAAUACUAAGAAGCGCAAAAUAAACCUUAACAAGCAGAUUAGACAAAUAGAUAGAGCAGAGACACCUGAUUCCGAUGAUUAUGAUGAUGGUUGCGAACUAAAACGUGAUACUGAAACUAUACAGUGUAACUUAUGCGCAAUGCGGUUUAGGAAUAGGACAAGUCAUCAAAAACAUGUUAUUCAAGUGCAUAAAAAAUUCAGUUGCAAUAUGUGUUCAUUUAGCCAUAGGAAUGAAGACUAUGUAAUGUUGCACAUGAAUAUCCACGAAGGUAAAAGUGAAAACCAAUGCCGUUUUUGUAAUAAGGAAUUUACAACAAAAAUAAGCACCAUACGGCAUAUGGAGGUCCAUAUGGACACAAAGAAAUAUCAAUGCGAUAAAUGUGGCUUAUGCUUUUCCCAAACAACAGUUCUGUACAAUCACAAGCUUCAACAUGAAGCCGAGGAGAAGCCCUUGCGUUGUGAAAUAUGCAAUCAGAUAUUUAAGACAAAACGUACGUUCAGACAUCACAUGGUCACUCAUCGCGCUGAUAGGCCGCGCUAUAGUUGUGAGUACUGUGGAAAGACUUUUACUGAGAAAUAUACUCUUAAAGUUCACAAACGUACACAUCCUGAAGCUGGUAUUUCGAUUACAAACAACGAAGAGCCCUCUCAAACUCAAUAUAACCAACAUGAUCAUGCACAAAAUUAUGAUGUCCCCCAACAGUCUUACAAUCAGUCUCAAAUCUCAAAUUAUGAUCAUCAGCUUCAACCUACAGCUUCGACCAGUGUAAGUGGACCUAAACUUGGUUGUAUUAUAUGUGACCAGCAUUUUACAAGUAAAGAUAACUUAAACAAACAUAUGGAAAAAGAACAUGACGUGAUUCUAAAGUCACUGAGUAUAGCUAACUUUACCCAAUACGAAGAAGUUACUAAUGAAUUGCGAAAGCCCUGCCAUAUCUGUGGCCAAAUAUUUAGCGCACAACACAACUUGGAUUAUCAUUUGGUGCACGUCCAUGAAGUAACUUUGAAAUAAUUUUAACAUAAGUCUUAACUUUAAUAAAUUGUAGGAAUUAAGAACAAUAAUGCUAGAGGCAUUCAAUUAAGGCCCCACUUUUAGAUUUGUAUCACAGCAUUAUAUUGCAACUAUAAUCAUUUGAGCCCCAAAACAGUAUAAAAAUUACGUACUCCCUAAAUCUUAACUAUCUUAAAGUAGAAUAAAAAAAUGCUUAUAAGGUGAGGGUCACCUAAAUAAAUAUUGAAUUAACGCUU